AUGAUCAUAGUCUCAGGCUUUGCUUCAAACAUCUACUUUCCCGCCCUUCCGACUAUUGCUCAUGAUCUGGACGUCUCUGUCGAAUUGAUCAAUCUCACGGUUACUUCCUACCUCAUUUUUCAAGGGCUAGCUCCCAGCCUCUGGGGCCCUAUAUCAGAUGUCAAAGGGCGCCGGGUGGCAUACUCGCUCACCUUUGUCGUCUUCUUGGGAGCAUGUAUUGGUCUAGCAGAGGCCAAGAAUUACGCUACUAUGAUUGUGCUGAGAUGCAUUCAGAGCACCGGCAGUGCCAGUACGAUCGCCAUCGGUUCCGGCGUCAUCGGAGAUAUUACAACCCGAGACAACCGUGGUGGACUCAUGGGUAUCUUCCAGGCUGGGCUUUUGGUGCCUGUGGCAGUAGGACCAAUCAUUGGCGGCGCUCUAGCUGGAUCUCUCGGUUGGAGAUCUAUAUUCUGGUUUCUGGUCAUCUACAGCGGCAUCUUCUUGCUGUGCCUGAUUCUCCUUUUACCCGAGACGCUGAGGUCCAUUGUCGGUAAUGGGAGUCGGACACCUACGCAGGUCAUAUCCAAGUAUCCCUUGUUUUUCUACCAGAAGACCACCAGAACGAAACGGAACCAAAACGAAGACACCACAGUACCUAUUGAGAAGAAGACCAUCGAUAUCACAGGACCCUUUCGCAUCCUGAUCAGCAAGCAGGCGGCCCCCAUUAUCGUAUUUCUCGCAGUCUAUUACGCGGUUUGGCAGAUGAGCAUCACCGCUAUGUCUAGUCUAUUCGAAGACAAAUAUGGCCUAAGCGAGACUCAUAUUGGGUUGACCUUCAUCGCGAAUGGCGUGGGCUCCAUGGUUGGUACUCUUGUUACAGGGAAAAUACUCAAUAUGGAUUACCGUCGCGUCAAGGCCCGGUAUGAGACUCAGCCUGCACAGGGCAAUCCAGAUGCGGACGUUGAAACCCUUGAUGUGCAGAAAGCGAGAGAAAGAGACUUCCCACUCGAGACGGCGCGUCUACGCCUCGUCCCAUUAUUCUCUCUCCUCCAAUGUGCAUCAAUCAUGCUCUUCGGCUGGACUAUUCAAUAUCCUAAUAAGGUUCACAUCGCCGUGCCAAUUGUCUCGACAUUUAUUACAGGCUGGACUGCUGUCUCCACACAGUCAGUGGUCAUGACAUACCUAGUUGACGUGUAUAGCGACCGCAGCGCUGCAGCCAGCGCCAGUCUGAACCUCGCCAGGUGCUUAUUCGCUGCGGGAGGCACGAGUUUUAUUAUGCCCAUGAUCAACUCUAUUGGUGUUGGAUUGGCCUUUACUGUCUGUGUCGCGGUGUAG